GUGAUGCCAUAGCCACUGAGACUCCAGAUCCUUGCAGCUGGAAGCUAAAAACAGCCGCCAUGGAGUACACAGGGAGCAAAUAUAUCGGGGAAUAUGUAGAUGGGAGGAUGGAGGGCAAAGCCAAGUACAUCCUCCCUACUGAAACAGUAUAUGUUGGGGAAAUGAAGGAUGGCAUGUUUCAUGGCGACGGAACCCUGUACUACCCCAACGGGAGCCAAUACGAUGCUGUUUGGGAAAACGGAUUGGCCAUAAAGGGCACGUACACCUUCGCAGACGGGCUGCACUAUGAUGAGAAGAACUGGCAUUACUGCGACGGCUAUGAUCGGAGGUUUUUCACAGAGAUUCGCAAUGGCUUGAAGCCUGCAGGUAUGGCUCAACUCACCAAUAUGGACCCACCUAGAAAAAUCCCCAAGGGCUGGUAUGAUUGUGGAGACGGCUUCUAUAACCCGGUCACGAGGGUAAUCAAGGACUAUAGGAACCGCUUUCUGAGAAACGCAGAUGAUGACGAGCAUGAGUGGAUCACCCGUACCUGUAGAAAGGGCUACAACGAGAUCGUGGGUCACAGGCCCAAGCUGUGAACUCCGUGGCUGCCCCCACCAGAGGUUUCCAUCUGCCCUACUGGCAUUGGCUGCCCCAGGGAACAGGCUGUCGUUUUAGAACCUGACUUUUAACUCAGGAAUAAAGACUUUCUGUGGUCAGAGGC